AAAAAGUUGACAUUCAACACAGCAGAUAUUUAUUUAUGUCUCAUGCAGACACAUGAGACCAGAGGUGGUGUAGCAUCUUCACAGUCACCUGGCCUCUUCCAGCAUCUGUAACGAGUGCUUUCCAUCUCAGGGUCCAUUAUGGCGGCUUGAGCUCCAGCCAUUCUGUCCACAUUCCAGCCAGGAGGAGGGAGGGAGAAGUACAGAGAAAAAUCUCUUGCUUCUAUCCCAUUGAUCAUAAAUUAAUCCCAUGAUACUCCUUAUUGCAUAAGAGCCUGGAAAAUGUCUUUCCAAGGAGACCAAUAUAUGCCCCCAGAAGGACGCUAGACCGCAGCUUGAGAAGUGCUAUGUUAUCCUCUCCUGUUGGCCAGUCAUGGUCUGAGCCACACGCAGGGUCAGAGGAGCAACACAGCCUCCCUGAGCUGUUGACUUUGUAUCGCAGGUCUGAAGCUCCAGGACUUUGACCUUUCAGACCCCUGUACCACAGAUGUCAACAGGAGGACCCCAGGGUUUUAUUUUGCCAGGUGGCGCCGUCCCGCCUCGUUGCCCGACUCCGGGCGCUCCGAAGUGCAGGACAGAAUCGCAGCGAGCGCGGAGCCGAAGCUCAGCCCCGACUUGUUGAUCUCGCCCUAGCAGCCGCCACCGCUGCCGCGGGAGCAGCAGGAGGAGGAGGAGGUGGAGCAGAAGGCGCUGCCUGAUCCUGGUCCUGCCACCCGCGCCCCGGUGCCCGCCAGUGCCCCCAGCCUCGCAGAGCGCGCUUUGGCCCCGCGGCGCCUGCAGCUCCGGCGCGUCGUCUGCCCGGCCGGUGUAGGCCGGGCCCAGCCCGGCCCCGGGUCCGCCGCUGCCCGCGGGCGGGGGCGCCCGGGCGGCCGCGGCGAUGCGUGGACCCUGGCCCCAGGAGGCGGCCACCCUGGGGCCGUCGGGAUGGAGGUGAGAAGACGGCGGUGACACGCACCCGCGCGGCCUCCUGCACCCCCAGCAGCCCACAGCGCUCCCUGCCCCCCUCCCCCGCGGCAGCCGGCCUUGCCGUCCAGUGACAGCGGCCUGGGGGGGCAGGGGGGGCGGGGGCGGCCGGACCAGCGAUGCCGGCGGGCAUGACGAAGCAUGGCUCCCGCUCCACCAGCUCGCUGCCACCCGAGCCCAUGGAGAUUGUGCGCAGCAAGGCGUGCUCCAGGCGCGUCCGCCUCAACGUUGGGGGGUUGGCGCACGAGGUGCUCUGGCGCACCUUGGACCGCCUGCCCCGCACGCGGCUGGGCAAGCUUCGCGACUGCAACACCCAUGACUCGCUGCUCGAGGUGUGCGACGACUACAGCCUGGAUGACAAUGAGUACUUUUUCGACCGCCAUCCAGGCGCCUUCACCUCCAUCCUCAACUUUUACCGCACGGGACGGUUGCACAUGAUGGAGGAGAUGUGCGCCCUCAGUUUCAGCCAAGAGCUUGACUACUGGGGCAUCGACGAAAUCUAUCUGGAGUCCUGCUGCCAGGCUCGCUACCACCAGAAGAAGGAGCAAAUGAACGAGGAGCUCAAGCGUGAGGCCGAGACCCUACGGGAGCGGGAGGGCGAGGAGUUCGAUAACACUUGCUGCGCAGAGAAGAGGAAAAAGCUGUGGGACCUACUGGAGAAGCCCAAUUCCUCUGUGGCCGCCAAGAUCCUCGCCAUAAUUUCCAUCAUGUUCAUCGUCCUCUCCACCAUUGCCCUGUCACUCAACACGCUGCCUGAGCUGCAGAGUCUCGAUGAGUUCGGCCAGACCACAGACAACCCCCAGCUGGCCCACGUGGAGGCUGUGUGCAUUGCGUGGUUCACCAUGGAGUACCUGCUGCGUUUCCUCUCCUCCCCCAAAAAGUGGAAGUUCUUCAAGGGCCCACUCAACGCCAUUGACUUGUUGGCCAUCUUGCCGUACUACGUCACCAUCUUCCUCACUGAAUCCAAUAAGAGUGUGCUGCAGUUCCAGAACGUCCGCCGUGUGGUCCAGAUCUUCCGCAUCAUGCGUAUUCUCCGCAUCCUUAAGCUGGCGCGCCACUCCACUGGCCUCCAGUCCUUGGGCUUCACCCUGCGGAGGAGCUACAACGAGCUGGGCUUGCUCAUCCUCUUCCUUGCUAUGGGCAUCAUGAUCUUUUCCAGUCUUGUCUUCUUUGCCGAGAAGGAUGAGGAUGACACCAAGUUCAAAAGCAUCCCAGCCUCUUUCUGGUGGGCCACCAUUACCAUGACAACAGUUGGGUAUGGAGACAUCUAUCCCAAGACUCUCCUGGGGAAAAUUGUGGGGGGUCUCUGCUGCAUCGCAGGGGUCCUGGUGAUUGCUCUUCCCAUCCCCAUCAUUGUCAAUAACUUCUCUGAGUUCUACAAGGAGCAGAAGAGGCAGGAGAAAGCAAUCAAGCGGAGAGAGGCUUUGGAGAGAGCCAAGAGGAAUGGCAGCAUCGUGUCCAUGAACAUGAAGGAUGCAUUCCCCCGGAGCAUCGAGAUGAUGGAUAUUGUGGUUGAGAAAAAUGUAGAGAACAUGGGUCAGAAGGACAAAGUACAAGAUAAUCACUUGUCUCCCAACAAGUGGAAAUGGACGAAGAGGACACUGUCCGAAACCAGCUCAAGUAAGUCCUUUGAAACCAAGGAGCAGGGAUCCCCUGAGAAGGCCAGGUCAUCUUCUAGUCCUCAGCACCUGAACGUCCAGCAGUUGGAAGACAUGUACAACAAAAUGGCCAAGACCCAAUCUCAACCAAUUCUCAAUACCAAGGAGUCAGCCACACAGAGCAAACCAAAGGAAGAACUUGAAAUGGAGAGUAUCCCCAGCCCUGUAGCCCCCUUGCCCACCCGUACAGAAGGAGUCAUUGAUAUGCGAAGCAUGUCGAGCAUUGAUAGCUUCAUUAGCUGUGCCACGGACUUCCCUGAAGCCACCAGAUUCUCCCACAGCCCUUUGGCAUCACUCCCCAGCAAAUCUGGGGGCAGCAUGGCCCCAGAGGUAGGCUGGCGGGGAGCUCUGGGUGCCACGGGUGGUAGGUUUGUGGAGGCCAACCCCACUCCUGAUGCCAGCCAUCACUCUACAUUCUUCAUUGAGAGCCCCAAGAGUUCCAUGAAGACCACCAACCCCUUGAAGCUUCGAGCGCUUAAAGUCAACUUCAUGGAGGGUGAUCCCAGUCCAUUAGUCCCUGUUCUGGGGAUGUACCAUGACCCUCUUAGGAACCGGGGGGGUGCUGCAGCAGCUGUUGCUGGACUGGAGUGUGCCACACUCUUGGACAGGCCUGUGCUGAGUCCAGAGUCCUCUAUCUACACCACGGCAAGUGCUAGGACACCCCCCCGGUCGCCCGAGAAACACACAGCAAUAGCAUUCAACUUUGAAGCAGGUAUCCACCAGUACAUUGACGCGGACACAGAUGAUGAGGGGCAAGUGCUCUACAGUGUGGACUCCAGCCCUCCUAAGAGCCUCCAUGGGAGCACUAGUCCCAAGUUCAGUAUUGGGACAAGAUCAGAAAAGAACCACUUUGAAAGCUCCCCCUUACCCACCUCCCCUAAGUUCUUAAGGCAGAACUGCAUUUACUCAACAGAAGCAUUGACUGGAAAAGCUCCCAGUGGUCAGGAAAAGUGCAAACUUGAGAACCACAUCUCCCCCGACGUCCGUGUGUUGCCCGGGGGAGGAGCCCAUGGAAGCACACGGGAUCAGGGCAUCUGAACGAGCCCACAUGGAGGAGAGACUUGUGGCAAGGUCCAAAGAGGAGUGCUGUUCAGCUUACCUGCAACGGAGCUUUUCUGCAUGUACUCUGAAACAGAUAAGGCUCUGCAAAGCCCCCAGAAAGAAGAGAGACUCCAGAGAAAGCUCCUUUAAAACCCUGAGAGCUGUAACAGAUCCACCAGAAUGAAGUUGGCCAAGCCAUAGAGUAUGGCACCUCCUUGUAACAACUCCACUGCCCUCUUUGGAAGAUGACACGAGCAGAACUUACAGCCACCACUACCACAUUCUAGACACAACCAAGGCCACCUACUCCCCAUUCUUCUCUCAUGGCUCUCCAUCACAGCCUCUGAGGUCAACAGCUCCAUCCCUCCUGGCUCCAGCUGGAGAAGGAUGCUGGAACAAGCGGCUGGUAUUGAGAGAGUGGGUUGACCAGUUUGGUUUUGGGUGUUGCCUGGCCAACUCUAGGAACCUCUGUCCAUCACCUCACGGGUGGAUCCCACUGUUAGAAGGCCACGGGGAUUGCUUGUGUCAUGGGGAAAGCUGCACCAUAAGCCACGAUCCCGGCGCAGAACCCUUACUCAAAUGUCUUCAUUGACUUCAGUAUUCCAUAGUACCUGAGAUUUUAUUUUGAGAUAUCAUCAGGGUGAGUUGCACCACUUGUACUCAAUUCUAAUUGCCCCUGGCAAUCCGGGAGGGGUUCAGAAGGUGGGCACUCAGCCAACAGGAUGAACUCUGAGUGUUGCUUUAGGGUCGUAGAAGGAAAAUGCUUUCUGUACAUCGCUAGUGUAGGCUCAAACGAUACGCAAGUGUCAAAUAUGCAAAAGAUUAGCUUAUUCAAAGAGACUGUAUGUCACUGAAGAACAGAAUAAAAUCUGUUUUUUUUUACCUGAAAAAAAAAAAAGGAAAAAAAAAAAAGUCCCCAGUCGAAAUGCCCCAUUCCAACUUUUGAAUACUUCCUGCUGAGGCAGGGAAAGCAUUUACUAUGAUAGAAAUUCUUUUUUGUUUCCUGUGGUAUCCAAGUUUAAAGAAAAGUUAAAAUAAAAAGCACUUUAUGUUUUUCAAAAAUAGGUUCUACCAGGGACAGUGUCAACAUCUUGCACUUUAAAACAAGCUCAAUUUCCCGUGGGCCACUUGUUGGGACUGUAGUUGGGGUUUUGCUCCAUGCAUGUGUCUGGCCACGGCCACAGUGGGUGAUAUUGUGUUGGUUUUGCUGUCUGCCAUGUCAAAGUCCAUGGGCGCCUUCCCUGCCCCCCGAAGCUUCCCCUUAACCCCCACCCCACCCCGCAUCAGGAAGGGUAUAUGACCCUUGCUUGGGGCCUCUUACGAAAGUCACAUGUACAGGAAACAUAAACAUCUCAGAAGAAUGAGGUAGACAGUUGGGCAUUGGGUGUUUUACUCUGUUCUCUUUCUUGUCAACCAGCCGUUGGUGUGUUUUCAGUGUCACUGUCUGUACUAAAAGCUCAGCUCUCCUUUCUGCAGCCAUCAAUGCAGCCGGUACAGACAAAAGCAAUAAGUAUUUGUAUGCAUUGUGAGCGGUUCUGGUCCAUUUCUUGGUGUCGAUCUUCCUGUCUUAGUUUGAUGACCUGGCACUGGCCAGCCUGACUUUAGUCCAGUGGUGUGGUGGUGGUGGCCAGUCCUCAGUUCAGUCACAUUGGACGGAGCCACUGGUUAGCAUGAUGCCAUGCUGUGGGCCCAUCCUUCAGUAAAAGAUGACACGUUAUUGAUCUGAUCGUCUUUAGUACAAUGGACCAGUGUCAUUCUCUUAAUACAAUGCCGAUGGAUGGUGUCCCAAAUGCAGUAAUGGGGAUCUGCUGGUCCUCGAUCCGGUGCCAGGCCAACGUCUUCCUGAGGAAACACAACACGGUUUGCCUGUCCUUCGUAGAAUAUGUUUUUGGUCUGCCUGUUGGUACAACGGCACAAUCCACCUGUCAGUACACAAAUACCAUGGAGUCGUUCUGCCUGCCCUCUGCGCAGUGGCAUGAGGUUGGGCCACCUGUCACAGGUAUGACACGGGGUCAUGCCACUGCCUUUACAAAAGCGUGUUCUCUGCUGCAUGUGCACCCGGUUCAUACUGCUUCUCAGCAUCUCCAAGGACUGUGGAUCCCUCCGCGAGGGUGCAGUCCUGUUUUUUGCUGCGUUAACGAAGUGUCUUGACUCCAGAAGUAUCUUCAAAUCCCCUCGCAACAAAUGCAAAGGGAUUUAAGGGGCAGGGAGUGCAUGGUCAUUCUGGGCUGGUGGCAUACCAGAGAGAGGAAGCAGCAGGGCUCCUGCGGUGCUUUGCUGAGCACACAGAACAAGCUGGGGCCUGGGGAGGAAUGGCCGCAGAGCAGUCCUCCCGGGCUGUCCACGUGUCUCUUUGUUUCCAUCACCAUUUACAUCUGCCAUCAGCACAAAUGUGAAAAUUCAGGGAAAACAAACAAAUGCUUUUUGAUAAAAGUAAAUAGUUGUGAUUUCCGAUUCAGAUAUUUUUAGAGCUGAUGCUAUCUGUAAAAAUUAAUAAUAAUAAUUAAUGAUAAUAUAGUCUAUUUUACAUAUCAGGAAAGUGAACAUGUUUAAAUAUAGCCAUAUAUCGCGAGAAGGAACUUACCACCCCUUCUUCAAAUCGAGGCAUUUCAUUUGCUGGUUGAAGCAGACAAGAAGUGUACAGAUUGGAAAUGAUUUCUUUCUUUUUUUUUCUAAACUAAUAACCAAUUGGUGCAACUCUCCUUGUAACCAAAGGCCCUUUCUGCCUUGUGUGGUCAUGCGGGACCUAGCCCUUCCUUCCUUGUGUAUUUUGUCUGAACUUACAGUAGCAUUUUAUUGAGUCACUUUUGAAGGAUGAAUUCAGAAGUAUCAUUAAGAACCUACCUUUUCAGGCUUAAUAGCCAGAGUCCUAUAGAGUUCUUAUAGAAACAGAAUAAUUGAAACUCAGCAUAUACUAUGCUUAGAAAGUAUUGCAUUUUGUUUUGGGGUUUUCCUUUUACUUGUGGAUGUAUUGUAGGAAUAUAGCUUUUAUCCUGUGCCGAUUCAAAAUAGAGUAUUGUCAGUUUUCCCAGGCCCCCACCUGCCAAAAAGUGACACACUCACAUUUUUAACGUGUGUACGCCCUACCCAAACCUGUGUAUGCGCACUGGGAAAUCUACCUAAGAGUCUCCACUGAGAAGCUAACCUCGAUGGCCGGGUGUUGAUGGAGGAGAAGAAAGUGAUGGUUUGGAGGCCAAUCCUGCUUUAACUUGGUGGUCCAUGUCCCACCCAAUUCCUGAACCAACGAAAGUGGAGGGGGGAAAGAACAAGUCAACCCAAAGAAAUGAACCAAGGGGCUGGAGGUGGAUGGACGCCUGGUCCCUUGGGCAAAUUCAGUAACACUUGUCAAGAACCCCACCAAACUUCCACCAUUACCAAAAAGGGCUAGGGACCAGGUAGACAUGCAUCCCGAUCACAUGGGGGACCAGCGAUGACCAGCGGAGAGAGUUGGGCAAGCUCUGCAGGAGUCUGUUUAUUCACCUUUUUAUUUUGGGGUAAAGAAAAUCAAUAGGACUUCGGUGCAGUAGAUUUCUCAGUGCCUUCUUUAGGAAUUUUUUCUUAAGCACAUUUAAUGGGGAAAGAAAAAAGAGGAAAGAACAUUUGUUCCUGUGCAACCCCUUUCUCUAAAAACAUUGGGGAAUCGAGAAGGAAGAAGAUGACAACGAUGGGGAGACAGCAAAACCCUGGGCAGGCCGUUUCCUUUCCACCCACCUGGCUUGCCCCCACGAGUUGCUGGUGACACAAACUUUUUCAAACGGAUUCCCAGCCUCUCCUCCACCGUGUCUUAGUAACUGUAAGCCUCAUCCCUGCCCUUUUCGCCUAAUAAGAUCCCCGUUUCUAAGGAAAAAACAAAAAACAAAAAAAACAGAACCAUGUUCUCUUCUGUAAACCUGUGAUGUAUUGUCGAUGUUUGUAACUAUUGUAUAUUUCUGUCUUGCUCCACGUCAUAGCUGGAGUGUGUAGUCCAUGGGCAAGGGGACAUUUACAAGUCACCACGGACAAGGGUCACUCAAGCCAGGUGUCUCUCUCUCUCUCCCUUCCUCAUUUCUCUGCCAGCUAGUCUCAAGUAACAUGACCCCAGGUUUCAGCCUCCCAUCAAGUCACUUUGAAUCCAAUGAAAGCAUGGCAAAAUGCCUCUACGACGGGAUCCUUUGGGAAAGGACUUUUUCUAGGGCUGUGAAGUUGGCAGGAGAUAAUAGGGGGCUCCCCUGACUCCCCCAGCAGGUCCGUGGAGAGCCUCCAGACCUGAGCUGAAAUUCCCUCGCCUCCCACUGCUUAUAUGACAGCAUCCAAACGCUUUCACUCAACCCGGGCGACCCCAAGCAGCCCUGGCUACACCCAGAAAUAAGAGUUACCUCUGCAUUUUCUGUUGCCAUUUUUCGGGCUCUAGAAGUAUCUGAUGUGUGAUUACAUCACAGGAUGUCCACGCAUCUCAGAGUCGUCUAUUUUUCUGUUAAGAUAAAUAUAUAUAUAUAUGUAUUUUUAGCAAAUUUAUAAUAGGGCCAUUGAGUCUAAUUUCCUCUUUUGUGAUACAGAACAACAUCUUAGGAGUUUUCUUGUUGGUCAUUAUUGCAGCUGUUAUCUCCUGGUCUCUUUCACUUUCUCCCAUUUCUCCUGGGGCUGUUUUUUCUUUUCUUCUUUUUCAUUCUGAUUUUCUGGUGGGGAAAGACUUUGGGGUCCGACUUCCUCAUGCAGGCAUUUCCUGACACAAGGCCUAGAAUCUGUUGACCUGUUACUUUCCUCAUUCUGUCUGUUCUAUUUAUUGUUCUUAAGAAUCCAGAGCACAGAUGCAGGAAUGAGACCAGGAGAAGCAGGGCUACAGAUGGCCCUCAAAAUCAGGAUGGGAUGUGGGCUGGUUCAGCUCAUCCUCCAUACCCUUCCGGGGAUCUAAAGGGACUGAGGUUUCUCACUCCCAGAGAUCUUGGAAUCUAAAAUCUCUUGCAAGAAAACCUCCCUCUGGCAUUUCCGAGAUUCAAAAGACACCUAAACCCCUCGUGGCUGCCCUGUCAUCACGUCCGGCACCCUGCUGCCCUGUGACAUCCACAGGAUCUGAAGGUCAGGGCACUUUCAGGUCCUCGCAAAACUUGGAGAAAAUGCUGGGCCUCAGAUCUCAUCCGCUUUGUGUCAAUCCUUCAUUUCAACCCGUUUCCAAAAGCCUCACCAAAAAGCAGUGACCAGACAGGCUUGCAGCCAAAUCUGAGAAGACGUGUCCCUAGAAUCUGCCGUCUCAUCUCCCCUUCCCUUUCCAGCUGCCUGGCUCUGUGAAGCCAGAGCUUCAUGGCAAGGGCAGCGGUACUUUUCCAGCUUCCGCCUGUCCAGGCCCCAGGGAUUGUCUGUAAUUAAGUCCACCAGGUGGUUUCCAGGCCUCAGGUGGGCAGAAGACACCAAGCAGGAUCGUCAGCAGAAAGUCAUGCUCCGUCCAUCAGCUGGUGCAGGAAGGUGGAGAAAGCCCAGCGUCGCCGACACACACAAGCAGAUUUCCAUUUCCCACCUGACUCGCUGGUGGCUUCAGGGCUCCGCCUCUGCGCAAGUCAGAGCUCUGAGCCAAAUCACCCCAGAGGGCAGUGGGCCAUUCCCCCCUCCCCCAGGAUCAACCCCGCGGAGUUGUGGACUAAAGACUCUCCUCCGAGUUUUCCCACCCCUCAAAUUCCUGUUGAUCCAGUUUGAACCAGAGCCAAAUGAAACAGACAAGAUUUUUUUUAACUUUUGCACAAGAAUAACAACAGAAUCAUCUGCUAGUAGCACACUAGGUUUGCUGCCCAGGGAAGCAAAUACGCUUGCCUCUGGCUGUUUUCAUCUAGAGAGAAGUCAUAAAGUUGGGGUUUCCAUCCACUGACCCUGAUAUUGUCUCAACCUGGAAUUUCUUCUACUGAACUCCCCCGAAUGCCGUCUUGAAGAAAUGGAUCUGGAAGGGGCUCUGUUAGUCCGGUGGCCCCUCGUCUUCACCGCUAACUCUAACCCCCCGUUCCUCCCUGCAAAGAUCCUGAAAAGAUCUCAAGACUGGCGGAGAUGAACUGGAGUGGGACGGUUCACCUGAAGAAGAGACCGCCUGCCCACAGGGUGGCUGCUUGCAAGCCUCUGAAAGCUUCUCCUGCACGAAAGGGACAAGGCAGUCCAUUUCUGCUUAGAUUAAGAAAGUGCUUCUAAGGAGGGAGGGGGGGGGCUACCUAACCAUAGAACUUGCUGCCAUGUUGGGUAAUGAGUUCCCUGACAUCACAGGUAUUUAUAUAGAGAGAGGCUAGUUUAUGUACAGAAUGGAUGUGGCUGAGGGACCAUAGCCCUGCAUGCCACUGGACCAAACGUCUGGGGAAAUCCUCUCUCCACCACCACCCCCGCCCCACCCUCUCCCAGUAUAUAUGUGUGGGUUUAUGUGUGGUUUGACCAUCAGAGCACAGGCUCAAACCACUGGGGCAAAAGCAGGGAGCACCGUUGGCAGAAACUCAAAUUCUAGAACUUGGAGCUUUCUGAGGGGAUGUCAGAAAGGGAAAUGACAGCAGAAUACCUUGAUCCUCUGCUCCCCAUCUUGGACAAUUUUAGUGACCCUGUUGGUCACCUGUCCAGCUCCUCCCCAGUGCCCAACAGGGACCACAGCGGGGUGAGGCUUAUGCUCCCCUCCCCUCGACCAGCCAAGGAGCAACCAGCGCCCAUCUCUGGCUGGCCUUCUCACGGUGCUUCAGCCCUUCUGCCAGACCCUGUGCCCUCGCCGGCUUCAGGCUCCCUAAUGAGACACAGUUAUCUUUACCCGGUCUCCAGCUGCCUAAUGAGAAACUGAUCAGGCAAUAGCAAAUAGCACCAUCCAAAAAGGGCUUUUUUUUACCCCUGGCAAAUAAAGCAGGAAAUCCCAUUGAAGACCCUUGAAAGUCCCCACCCAAUGAAGUCCAAAACGGCCAAAAGAGAGAGACAGAGGUGAUCCAGUUUUACAGCAAAGCAAGGCUUAGGCCCCCUCCAGGUAGAAGGCCCUCUCUCCCACAUCCGUGUCCCUUCCUGAGUGAGUCCGGAUGUCACUCUCUCCCAAGAGAGCAUUUGACGAAAGAGGUUUCAAAGCUCCCCUGACUGUGUGUGGUAUGCUUGGAGGAGGUGGGUGUCAGCGUGACCCCAAGUCCAGGAAGCCUCAGGUUGCUUCAUUAUAGGAUGAGGCAGAGCGAUAGGUUUGGAUGGAUAGUCUGAGCAGCUGCCUUCCUGCUAAACCAAAUUUAAACAAAAGCCCAGUUUCCAAGAUCCCCCUCUGAGGCUCAGUCCUGCAGGAAUAGCUCAAGUUCAUGGCGGCAAUGACAUGACCCUUCUGGAAAUGAAGAAAACUCCCAACUCUGUCCCAUUAGGAUGCUCUCCAGGGUCAUGCAUGGAUCACCGCGUACUUCCUGCCUCCCUAAGCUGAUCUAGUUUGGAAAACAAGGAGGGACAUACAGGAGAAGAUGUCCACGAGCCUUGGACUUCUGCACAGUGUGGCUCAGGCCCCCUGCUCUUCACGAGGGCUUUGGGGUCCCUCUCAGAUGGACCUGACAUCUGAGCUCAGGGUGCCCGGGGGGUGGGGUGGGGUGAGGAAGAGGAAGAUCAGCAGCUGCUGGGCUGCACCGCUGGCUCCUUUGCUCUCGAGGCCUAUCGUGGCUUCAGUCCAAGGUCAAGGAACUCAGGGUUAUCCCCCAACAUACGACUUUGGCACAUAGCGGUCCCCCAAUCUCUAUCUUUUUUUUUCUUGAAUGAGUGACUGUGUCAAUGAUUGACUUCUGAGUAGUGGACGGAUGAGUGAGGGUGGGAGAGGCUGGAGGAGUUCAUGCGUUCUCACCUGGCUUGAGGUGUUGCUAACUGCGAAGGAAGAAGUGGGGCGCCCGUAAGCCUCGCCAGUGCCAUCUCUUCUUCGACUCAGUUCGGGGCCAAUAUGAUGGCCAAAUUUGACACUUUUCUGCCCCAAGGGCCUUCUCAGAGCUAUACUUCCAGGGGCCCAGGGGGCAGCCCUGGCCUCCUCCCACCUCUCCUGCUCUGUUUGUCAGCCUCAUGUUCUAGUUCAGCUCACACAUAGCCCAUGGGAGACCACAAAGUGGUCUUCCCAUAGGCAAAGCCAAGGGUCCAAGGUAAGGUUUUCCCUGGUCUGGGACUUGCUGGGGACAGGAAUGUGGGAGCUGAUAUCUGGAAACUGGAUCGCAUUCCCUGAGCCGUGGGAGUUGAGCUGGAAAAGAGGGCCAGCCUGUCCUCCAGCUUUUAGAGCCAAAGGGUCUUCCUUUUUUCUGAGCCCAAAGCCCCCAUGGUAGCAUGCUCCCUGACCCCAUCAGCUAAGACCCUCUGUCUCUCCCAGGAACCAUGGGGUGAGGUUGAGGCUUUUCUGCCAGCAAAGCCAUUCUGAUCGCCCCACCCAUAAUGGGGGCCAAGCCAAUCACAUUAGCCAUAAAUGACCAAUGUCCUUAGCCAUUCUUUUCUUGGGGUCGCGUUCAUGGGUCUGUUCAUCUCUGGUCAGUUGAUGUCUCUAGUCUUUCCUAUAAAGGUGAAAAUGAGCAUCACACACACACACACACACACACACACACACACACACACACGAGGAAACCAAACAACAAAAAAACCCAGUGUCUUUUUAUGCAUGUGAUGAGAUGAAAUCGUGACCUCCAGCUGCUGUCCUGUCUUGUAAAAUACGUCCAAAUGUUUAAGAAUUUCUAAGCAAAUGGUCCCUUAAUGAGUCUGCAGAGUUCAAUAAAAAGGUAUGGAGAAAACAA